AUGUCAAAUAUACUAUCAUCAAAAUUAUCAAAUUUGUUACCCAGGAAUGAAUCAUAUAAAUAUUUAUAUUUACAAACAAAACCCAUUUAUAUAAAAUCACCAAUUCAUCAACAUUUGUCAAAAAAAUCAGAUUCUGAUACGGUUAAAGUCCGUCAUUUUUUUACUUUGAUUCAGAAUGAUAUCAUAAUAUUGGGGAUUGAAAUAUUUGUAUAUUUACAAAUCUAUGAGGAUCACAUUGAUCAAUUUAUAUUUGUUUCGAAAUGUGAUACUGUUGGAUUAAUUAAAUUAAAUUUUAAAGUUGGUGAUGUUAUUAAAGAAGUUAUGGAUUUUAUUAUAAAUUAUAACGUAAGUGAUUAUCAUAUUAAACUUAAAAAGGUGAAUAAGAAAUCAAAGGAGAAUGAUGAAACAUUCAGUCAAAGUUUUAACGAUACAAAUGAGAAUAUUAUAUCACUAAAUAAAUUAAUCGAUAAAUUGCAACAAAAUAUACAUUGGUAUAAACAACUACCGUAUUAUAACACCAAAAAGUCGGAACAAUCAUCAACAUCAUCAAACUUGAGGAAACUACCUACAACUAUAAAUUUAAAACUAUGCAUAUUUACAAAAACAGCACCGCAAUAUAUUUUCCCAAAUUCAUCAAAAAAUCAAUUAAAACAUAAAAUAAACGGUCAAAACUUAUUAAAAUGGUGGUUAAAAAUAGUAGAAUCAAUCACCCUAAAUUGGCCAACUAAAAAUCUAAUAAUCCCAGGAUCAGAUACAAUAUCAAGUUUAAAAUUUAUUGAAAAUUUGCCAACAGAUUCAAAUUGGGAAAUAGGUCAUAUUUUUAAUAAACCAAAAGAGAGACUUGCAAUUUUCACAAUUCCAUUAUUUCCAGAUGAUCCAAAGGGAAGAUUUUUAGAACAUUUAAUUGUUGAAAAUAGAUAUUCUUCUGUAUCAAUUGAUCAAUUUUAUGAAGAAUUGGGUUAUAGACAAGAGUUUAGAAUUGGUGAUUGUGUAGGAUUAAUUGGUUGUGAAAUUAAUAAUUAUCAAUAUGAAAAAUUUGAGAAAACUAAAAAUGAUUUUCCAAUUAUUACUAUUUCUGAAUAUAAACAAUUUAUAAAUAUUUUAAAAAGUAUACAUUAUAACGUUAUGGAUGAUAUUAAAAAUUUAAUAAGUGAUCAAAUUCCUAAUUUUUUUAUUCAAAAAUUAGGUGAUGAAAAUUUCAAAUUUGGAGAAGUUAUUGGUAAGAAAGAAAUUUCAGAUGCUAAUAAAACUAAUGGAAAUAAUCAAAAGAGAGUUCAAGCUAAUGAUUUGAAUGGAUUUAUUAAACGUAAGAAAAAGUAA